GCGGAACCUCGGGUGGUCUUGCUUGCGGCCCUGCACCUUAGGUGAUGGCGGGGCCGGUGAAGGACCGCGAGGCUUUCCAGAGGCUCAACUUCCUGUACCAGGCCGCCCACUGUGUCCUUGCACAAGACCCCGAGAACCAGGCGCUGGCGAGGUUUUACUGCCACACGGAGAGAACCAUCGCGAAGCGGCUCGUCUUGCGGCGGGACCCCUCCGUGAAGAGGACUCUCUGUCGUGGCUGCUCUUCCCUCCUCGUCCCGGGCCUCACUUGCACGCAGCGCCAGAGACGCCACAGGGGACAGCGCUGGACAGUACAGACCUGCCUAACCUGCCGACGCAGCCAGCGUUUCCUCAAUGAUCCUGGGCAUGUGCUCUGGGGAGACAGGCCUGAGGCCCAGCUUGGGAGCCAGGCAGAUACCAAACCACCACAGCCCUUGCCAGACACAGCCCAAACCAUUCCAGUCAUCCCUCCUGAGGAGAAAGUGCAGCCUCAGGGCUCUAGUCACCAGUAAUAGAUUUACUCCAUCUUCCAAAUAAAUGAAGUUUAAUUCCAUUUUACUUU